CGUCAAUCUAACGAUUGAUACAACCCAGUGAACCCAUUCCACAGCACCUUCCUCCAUCACGAACCAGGAAGAGUUAGAAACCCGAGCUUGAUUGUUUCCUUCUGCAAUCCGUCGAUCCUUGCGAUCCCGACUGCUUCCGAUCAAUUGCCGUUGACUCUGCGUCUAGCCAUGGCUACCAGACUUCAAUUCGAGAACUCGUGCGAGGUUGGGGUGUUCUCGAAGCUGACGAAUGCUUACUGUUUGGUCUCGAUCGGAGGCUCCGAGAGCUUUUACAGCACAUUUGAGGCGGAGCUGGCUGACGUCAUCCCUGUCGUCAAGACCUCCAUUGGAGGCACUCGCAUCGUUGGUCGUCUCUGUGCAGGGAACAAAAAUGGGCUGCUUUUGCCUCACACCACCACUGAUCAAGAGCUGCAGCACCUGAGGAACAGCUUGCCUGAUCAAGUUGUUGUUCAGCGAGUCGACGAGAGGCUAUCUGCACUUGGCAACUGUAUUGCGUGCAAUGACCAUGUUGCUCUUACGCAUACUGAUCUCGACAGGGAAACUGAGGAGAUGAUUGCAGAUGUUCUUGGAGUGGAAGUCUUUAGGCAGACAAUUGCUGGUAAUAUUCUUGUGGGCAGUUACUGUGCCAUCUCCAACAAAGGUGGCUUGGUUCACCCGCAUACAUCCGUGGAAGACUUGGAUGAACUUUCUACACUUCUUCAGGUUCCUCUUGUAGCUGGUACAGUCAACCGUGGUAGUGAAGUGAUAGCUGCUGGCAUGACUGUGAAUGACUGGACAGCGUUCUGUGGCUCAGACACCACAGCCACAGAAGUCUCGGUUAUUGAAAGUGUUUUCAAGUUGAGAGAGGCCCAACCUAGUGCCAUUGUGGAUGAAAUGAGGAAAUCAUUGAUCGACAGCUAUGUUUAAGCUAAUUCGCUGGUAGUGAUCUUAUGAUUAUUCUGUUCAUAUUGUUGGCUUGUCUAUGGUUAAAGAUCUUAUCCAAAGCAAGUCUCAAAUCUUUUUAGUCUUGCUUAUAAGAACUCCGAUGCUGCCUAGUUGUGUAAUUAAGUUUGCUCAAUUUGGUCUUGGGAAUUUGAAUUUUAUG